AUGCAGGAAGCGGCGCUGAAAGAGCGCGCCUUCGAGCCGCAGCAGCGCGGCCCCCCCCCUCCCUCCCCGCAGCAGCAGCAGCAGCAGCAGCAGCAGCAGCAGCAGCAGCAGCAGCGGCGGCGCAGCAAGCUGCUGCAGGCGCUGCAGUCGCUGCUGCCCCGCAGCGACCUGCCGGGGGCGCAGCAGCCGACGCCCUUCGGGCUGAACCGGUACUUAGUGCUGGCCAUCUACCUGGUGUACGUACUGCUCACGGGCUGCGUGUACUUCGGCUGGGCCUCCAUUUCCUCGCUGCUGCUGCAGGCCAACAGUUUUUCUUUUUUGUGCGAAAAAGACGAAUUUGGGACUUUUUUAAACGACAUGAGGCAGCAAAAAGGAUUUAUUUGCAACGAACAAGAAGCAGCAGUGCAGCACUUGUACACAAUAACUCUCGCAGUCCACACCACCUUCAGUUCCGUGGCCGGGACUGCCAUGGACUUCGCGGGGCCGCUGGCGACAGCAGUGCUGGGGCAGCUCUUCAACUUCGCGGGCUGGGCGCUGCUGGCCUGCAGCACGGCGGCCAGCAGCAGCAGCAGCAGCAGCAGCAGCAGCAGCAGCAGCAGCUUGUACGCGGGCUUUGUCUUCAUUGGCAUGGGGGCGGACAUGGGCUUUCUCCCCACCCUCUGCAUCACCCGGCUCUUCCCCGGCAGCGCGGGCCUCAGCAUAACUUUAUUAGGAAGUGCAGCUUCAGCUUCUUUCGCAGUGCCCCUGGUCCUGGAGAGCAUCUACAAGGCCCUGGGGGGCCCCUCGGGGGCCCCCGGGGCCCCGGGGGCCCCUGGGGGCCCCCUGGGGGGCCCCCAGAAGGUCUUCUGGGCCUACGCGGGGCUGGGCCCCGGGCUGUGUCUGCUGCUGGCUUUGCUGUUUGUGCCUCGGCGGGGCUUCCGGGACUUCCGGGACUCUGCGGGUCGGGAGGCCCCCACGCAAGCUCCCUGCGAGCCCGCAGCAGCAGCAGCAGCAGGAGCAGCAGCAGCAGCAGCAGCAGCAGCAAAGGACUGCGAACUGGACCUCUGCAUGCAAGUCCAGGUGGGGGACCCGGCCCCCGGGGACUCCCGCUGCGCCAUCCCCGGCUCGAGUUUCUUCAAACAGCUUUUUUCGGCUAAGUACUUAGUCUUAACAGCUUAUUUCGUCGGAGUCGGCUGGGCCAGCGCUUUCUACCAAGAGGCCCACAACAGACUUUUGUCGGAGUCCGUAAAAGCCUUCCUCAAGCUGCUGCUGCCUCUGUCUUUCCUGCCCUGCAUUCUCUGGGGCUACUUGGCCGACCGUUGGGGCAUUUUGCGGGUCUUAUUAAUCUCCAACACCAGUGGCUUAUUAAUGUACGCCUUCACCUGGGGGGGCCCCCGGGGGCCCCCCCCCCUGGGGUACCUCUCGGUCUUGUGCUUCACGAACUACAUGUCGAUCUUCACUUCGCAAGUCUUCGUCUACAUCGAACAGCACUUCACCUACGAGCACUUCGGAAAGCUCAUAGGCCUCAUUCAGAUGGUGGGGGGCCUCAGCUCGCUCGCAUGCAAUCCCCUCUACUCCCGCGUGGCCCUCAACCCCGCGCUGCCGCGGGGCCUCCAGAUCGUCCAGGGGGUUAUGUUGGGCCUUUUUCUGCUGCAGUUCUUUUGGAUUGCCACUUUGGCUUGGCUGGGCCGGGCGGACAAGAGCCCCGCGCAGCUCAGGGCCAAGCAGCGGGACCUCCAGCUCACGGACCCGAGCCUGUCUCCGGAGCCGCAGGACUCGGUGCCGUAG